AUGUCUUCCUCCAGUGACUGCCCCCAAGACGCAGAAAUAAUUUUGAGUGAUGAAGAAGAUACAGAAAUAAAACAAACAAUCUGCCAUGAAGUGUUUCUAAGCUUCAGAGGCGACGAUACGCGCGCUUCCUUCACUUCACACCUCCACGCUUCUCUUCAAAACGCCGGAAUUGAUGUUUUUAAGGACGAUCAUUCUCUUCAAAGAGGAGACGACAUUUCAACUUCACUAUAUCGAGCAAUCGAAGGCUCUCAGAUCUCUGUUAUCGUUUUUUCAAUCAAUUACGCAGGAUCGCGAUGGUGUUUGAAAGAGUUGGUGAAAAUAAUGGAGUGUCGCAGAACCAUGGGCCAAAUUGUUCUGCCGGUGUUCUACGGUGUAGAUCCAUCUGAAGUACGUCGUCAAACUGGUGAAUUUGGAAUAGCGUUUCGUAAUCUUUUGGAUAAGAUUUCAAUGGAGGAGGAAUAUAUUGCAGCUUUGACAUCGCUUCGUCAGGCUGCUAGCCUUGCCGGCUUCGUAAUCCUAAAUUCCAGGAAUGAAAGUGAGGCUAUCAAGGAUAUUCUUGAAAAUGUUACACGAUUGCUUGACAAGACAGCCUUAUUUAUUGCUAAUAAUCCUGUGGGAGUUGAAUCUCGAGUUCUAGGUAUGAUUAAGCUGCUAGAACAAGAUAGUACUAUCCAACAAUCAAAUGAUGUUCUCCUACUAGGGAUGUGGGGUAUGGGUGGAGUUGGUAAAACAACUAUUGCAAAAGCCAUUUACAAUGAAAUUGGCCGCAAAUUUGAAGGUAGAAGCUUCCUAGCAAAUAUUAGGGAAGUUUGGGAGCAAAAUGUUGGACAAGUUGGUUUACAAGAACAACUUAUUUUUGAUAUCUGCAAGAAUAUGACUUCCAAAAUACAUAGCACUGAAUAUGGAAAAAUCAUUUUAAAGGAAAGACUCUCCUAUAAAAGAGUAUUGAUUAUCCUUGAUGAUGUGAAUGCAUUAGAUCAACUGAAUGUUUUGUGUGGAAGUCGUAAUUGGUUUGGCUCAGGUAGUAGAAUAAUCAUCACAACAAGAGAUAGACAUAUACUUUGUGGAAAUAGGGUUAACCAAGUGUACGAAAUGAAGCAUAUGGAUGAAAGUGAAUCAAUUGAGCUAUUUAGUUGGCAUGCAUUCAAGCAAGCAAGUCCUACAGAAGAUUUCGUUGAAAUUUCCAAAAAUGUAGUUGAGUAUUCUGGGGGAUUGCCGCUGGCUCUGGAAGUCCUUGGGUCAUAUUUGUUUGAUAGGAGGCUAACCGAGUGGCAUUGUGUAUUGGAAAAACUCAAAAAAAUUCCUAACGACCAAGUACAAAAGAAGCUGAAAAUAAGCUACGAUGGUUUAAAUGAUGAUACUGAGAAAGAAACAUUCCUUGACAUAGCUUGUUUCUUUAUUGGGAUGGACCGAAAUGAUGUUAUGCUUGUACUAAAUGGUUGUGGACUUUUUGCAGAAAUUGGAAUAAGUAUUCUGAUUGAGCGAAGUCUUGUAACUGUUGAUGAUAAGAACAAGCUUGGAAUGCAUGAUUUGCUGCGAGAUAUGGGAAGAGAAAUCAUUCGUGAGAAAUCACCAGAGCCUGAGGCACGUUGCAGGCUGUGGUUUCAUGAUGACGUGCAUGAUGUAUUAUUAGAUCAAUCUGGAACAAAAGCUAUAAAGGGACUGGCUUUGAAGUUACCAAAAGCUAAUGCAAAAUGUUACCGGACUAAUGCAUUUAAGAAGAUGACGCAACUAAGAUUGCUUCAACUUGUUGGAGUGAAACUUGAUGGAGAUUUUGGAUAUCUUUCAACAAAACUGAGGUGGCUAUCUUGGAAUAAAUUUCCUUUAACACAUUUACCUACAAGCCUUUGUCAAGGAAAUUUAGUUUCCAUCGAGUUAGAGAACAGCAAUAUCAAAAUUCUGUGGAAAGAGGCCCAGAUGAUGGAAAAUCUUAAAAUUCUCAAUCUUAGUCAUUCACAUUAUCUGACACACACUCCUGACUUUUCAUACAUGCCUAAUCUUGAAAAGCUAGUACUUAAGGAUUGCGCAAUGUUGUCUGAGGUUUCUCCUAGCAUUGGAGAUCUCAAUAAAAUUCUUCUGAUAAAUUUGGAAGACUGCAUUAACCUUUCUAGCCUCCCAAGAAGCAUCUACAAGUUGAAAUCUUUGAAAAUUCUCAUUCUUUCUGGUUGUAUAAAGAUUCACAAGUUGGAAGAGGAUUUGGAACAAAUGGAAUCUUUGACCACACUGCUUGCAAAUAACACUGCAAUAACAAAAGUGCCCUUUUCAGUGGUAAGGUCCAAAAGCAUUGGAUAUAUUUCUAUGUGUGGCUAUCAAGGAUUUUCCCGUGAUGUGUUUCCAUCUAUCAUUUGGUCUUGGAUGUCACCAACAAAUAAUGUCACAUCUCUAUUUCAAACACCUGCUGCCAUGUCAUCCCUUGUUUCUUUUGAUGUACCAAGUAGUAGUUCUGAUGAACUAUCGUCUUUUUGUAACCACCUUCCUAGGCUUCGAAGUCUUUGGGUGGAUUGCAAAUCUGAAGAUCAACUUUCUCUAGAUUCAAAAAUAAUUGUGGAUACUUUAUAUGCCACAGUUUCUAAGGAAUUGGAAUCAACUGCUACUACAUCACAAGUAUCAAAUAUGACUACUACAUUAAUUCAACGUUGCACUCAAGUUCAGGUUUUGGGAUCAAAAGAUUCCUUGAAGUCUCUUUUAGUUCAAAUGGGAAUGGAUUGCCAAGUCACCAAUAUUCUCAAAGAGAAAAUUUUAAAGAAUAUGGAUGUCAAUAGGAGUGGUGGUUGUUUGCUCCCUGGUGAUAGUUAUCCAAAUUGGUUAACCUUUAAUUCUGAAGGUUCUUCGGUAACUUUUAAAGUCCCUCCAGUGGAAGGGCGUAACUUGAAGACAAUGAUGUGUAUUGUCUAUACCUCCACCCCAGAUAGCAUAACAACAGAUGGCCUUAAAAAUGUGUUGGUGAACAAUUACACAAAGGCCACCAUUCAGCUCUACAAGAGAGAGGCAUUAGUCUCCUUUGAAGAUGAAGAGAGGCAGAGAGUAGUAUCAAGUUUAGAACCCGGUAACAAAGUGGAGCUUGUGUUUGUUUUUGAGAACAGUUUCAUUGUGAAGAAGAUAGCAGUUUAUCUUGUAUACGAUAAACCAACUAAGAAUCUAUAUCAUUUACCAGAUUUGAAUGCCAUUGCUUGUAGUGAUGAUGAAAAUGAAUGCUCUACCAAGAGAUUUCAUACUCAAGAAGUGCCUUCGGAUGACUUCAAUCAGAAUAGAAAGAAGAAAAGUCGAGUGGAAUGA